GGGGCCUGGUAUGGCCUGGUCACCUGUUGGUUCGCUUCAACCCAUGGAGCUGGCGCCCAUGAUGCUGACGCACAAUGUCAGGUCCGGCUAUUGGCCUGGCAGAGGACUGGCCUCCAUUGGACCUUGCGCGCUUGGGAUGCAGCAUUUGCUUCGAUGAGCAGCAGGGGAUUACCUUUGAGAAGUGCUGUGACCAGGAGACCUAUGGACCCUGGGGAAACCCGGAGUGUUUGAGUGGUGUCUUCUCCUUUGAGGUCACAGCCUGUGAGGUGGCCUGGUCGGGACGAGGUGGUUGGAGUCGACGAGGUGAUUGGGUGGGCUGGUGCUACAAGGCUCAGGAGAACCUCUACCUCUAUGGACCUCCCGAGGGACAAGAGGAGCAGGCCAACUUGAUGGCGCAGAGCGAGUUCAUCCAUGAGGAAAGCUGCUGCCUCGCCUAUGAAGCUCCAGAGAACUUCUGCUGGAAUCUGGUUUCUGGCAUGAACGAAACGAUCUUCGACACGAAGCUCUCGACAGGCUAUGUGAAAUGUUGCUUCGACCACUUCCAGGAAUUGGUGGAUGCCUUCCAAAGAGGUGAACCGGAUCCAUCCUGGCUACAGAAGGAACUGCAGGCCGUUAUGGGCAGGGCACCAAAGAAUGGUCGUCAUGAAACUCGUGCAGGAGGCGGCCGCUCUCGCAGCCGGCCUGGCCGCGGCGGGACGCGCUGUGGGACGCGUGGUGCCACGAGGGAUCCGAGGGAGGACAGUGUCGAUCUUCCUGCGCUGAUGGCGGGUGGCCUCGACGCCGAAGCUGCUGAGGCGUGUCGGCAGGAGUUUCGCCGCUUUGCACAGCAGGCAGCCAAAGUGGUGGACCGCAAAAUGGCACAGCCUGAGAUUGGCAAGGUGCGGCAUCACUUAGAGGCACUGCUUGCAGAAGAAGAGAUGCAGGACGCAGUCCUGACGGGCAACACAGGAGGGACGCUGUUGCAGGAGGGGAUCUCCAUCCAGAGCACCCUCAUGGUGCUGUCUGCCGCCUGCAGUGACAGGACGAUUGAACUCUAAGAGGAGACCAUCCGAAGCAAACAAUUCUCUUCGACGAAUCGCGCCGCACAGACUGGAGCGGAUGGGAUGGCUGUUGGGCGAGAGCUCCACGGGUCGUUUCUGCAGCUCCACGGACCUGCGAUGUGAAAAAACCUCCGGCUGAAGCGAAGGCAGCGCCGUUGCCCCCUGGGCCUUGCGCCGUACUGCGCGGCCACGGUUGCUGGACUGAG